UCUUCCCCUUAUGACAAACCAGAGCUUUGAGCAACACACCAAAGCAAAGAUAGAGGGCUAUUUGCAGUAGUACGUCUCCGGGAGAAGGAGAAGGUUGAUCGGAGAGUGAAGGGCGAAUAUGCAAGGCCGCGGCAGCAUCGCCUUCUUCUCGACCUACAGGCCGCCGGUGCCGCUUGACAUCUUCUCCUCCACCAUCCCGGGAUCGCCGGCCGGGAAAGAGCUCCUGCUCACCGACGGCGUGUCGUACAACUAUGACUGCCGCCCCAUCCCUCCGGCGGCGCUCAAGGAGCUCCUGACGUGGUUGGGGAAGAAUAAUGCGAAGCUGGCCAGGGAUUGCGGCGCCACCCCGGACGACGCCGACAAGGGCCGCGUCACGGGCCUGAUCUUCGUCUCCGAGAGGGACAACGGGCUGGAGACGCUGCACGUGUCCCUGCGCACGAACAACCAGGUGAAGGUGUACCGCUUGGCUGACAUAUACGGCGCUGACACCUUCGGCGGUGUGCGCAUGGAGGACGGCGGCUGCAUCGCCGGCGGUUUCAAGGUGGGCCCACGCACCGUCGGCCACUCGCUGGUGUACGUUUCGACCAAGGAGCCGGCGAAAACUCGCCGUACGCCAUGGACCGUGGUGUACAAGACCAACCUUGCAGACGGCAAGACCCAGCGCCUCACUCCACAGGGGCAAUAUGAUUUGAGCCCCGCCGUGUCACCAUCCGGGACGAUGGUAGCGGUGGCGUCGUUCGCAGACAGCAAAUGGAACGGCGAGAUCGAGAACCUCAAGACCAACAUCGUGGUGAUGAACGUGGAUGGGGACCUGGGCCGGCGGCUGCUCAUCAAGGACGGCGGCUGGCCGACGUGGGGCAGCGACAGUGUCAUCUUCUUCCAUCGAGGCGUGAACACAACGCUCCGCGAUGGCACGGUUCAGACAGCCUGGGGCGUGUUCCGCUACGACAUGACCACCAGGGUGACCGUCCGGGUGACACCGGCGGCGUUCAACUGCAUGACACCGGCCGCCAUCAGCAGCACCAAGGUGGCGGUGGCGACCAUCCGCAAGCGCUCCGGUUUCAGCGACGUCCGCGACGAGGCGCAGUACCGCCACAUCGAGAUCUACGACACGGCGAUGCCGGGGCAGGUGAUCGAGGUCACCCGGCGGGGGACAAACCCGAAAGCCGACCACUACAACCCAUUUGUGGACGACGGCGGCAAGCGCAUCGGGUACCACCGCUGCAGGACAAGCCAGGCCCCAGACGAACCUACUCGGAGGGUGGACAAGCUGCAGUCGCCGGGCAAGGACGUGGGGCUGUUCAGGGUGUCGGGCGUGUUCCCGACCAUCUCUAAGGACGGCACUAAGCUCGCCUUCGUGGACAAUGAGUUCAGCGCCGUGUGGCUCGUCGAUAAGCAGAGCCCGCCGCGUAAGGUGUACGAGACCGGAGGCCCAGAUAGGAUCUUCUCGCCGGUGUGGAACCAGAACCUCUUGCUGGACUCCCUCUACGUCUGCAUGGGCCCCUCCUUCCACCCGGACAACGCGCUUGAGAUCUGCAACAUCCCCGGUGUCUCGGGCACUUUUGGCGUGCAGGGCAGCUUGCAGCUCACGCAGGGAGGUUUCAACAACGCCUUCCCAUCCAGCAACCCACAGGGGAACAAGUUCGUGUUCCGAUCGACGAGGGACGGCGGAACCAACAAGUACAAGAACCUCUACAUCAUGGACAACUCGGUGGUCGGGGCGAACGGCCUCGGCAAGGUGACGCGUCUCACCAACGGGCCCUGGACCGACACCCACUGCCAGUGGUCCCCGAGCGGGGACUGGAUCGUCUUCUCCUCCACGCGCGACAAGCCAGCGACGGCGCCGCCAAAGGACUUUGGCCUGGACCCUGGCUACUUCGCCGUCUACCUGGUGAAGGCGAACGACCCCACGGUGGUGGUGCGGGUCAUGAGGAGCGGCAGCGACCUCUCCGGCCACGUCAACCACCCGGUGUUCAGCCCGGACUGCCGGAGCAUCACGGUCACGUCCGACCUGGCGGCAGUGUCCGUCGACCCCAUCUCGCUGCCGCUCUUCGUCCACUCGGUGCGCCCCUACGGCGACAUCUUCCUCAUCGACAUCGACAACAAAGACAUCACCAAGAACAAGGACGUGCAGUCGUACAAGCGCAUCACGCACAGCCGCUACGAGAACUCCACCCCCUGCUGGACGGUGCUCUCGCCGGAUGACCCGAGAGCGCCGUGGACCACCAUGGCCGGGAAGGGCCCCGCUGCGGCCUUUAGGCCGGGGUGCCCGUACGCGGAGAGCUUUAAAAUGACCGGCCACCUCAUCGUCCCCAAGAGGUGCUGCUAAGCAUCCUCAUCCAUCCAUCCACCCACCCGCCCGCUGUGUCAGUUGCUACUCCAUAUAUAUACUUAUAUAUAUAUAUAUCCAUCCCUCCAACAAGAACGAGGUAAAUAAAGGCUACAAAAUAAGUUAGGGCUUCCUUCUAUGCUACAUAUUCUUCCAAUAUAUAUGUCAACAAGGAAGAACCGGUUAAUUAAGCAAAAUAAGGCCAGCUCAGAUGGAGUGUACUACCUCCCGGCCGGAGCAUAUAGUUGUUUCUCGAGUGUAAGUUGCAUUAAUCAUGCCUAUCUAAGAUGCAUUGUUACUAAUGCAGCAUGUAUGUAUGUGUACGUGUAUGUAACACAUAUUUACCUACAUAUAUUGAAUAAGAUGUAGUACUUACGUUUGAUUAUUA